AUGGAGUAUGACACAAAGGAUAUACAUAUUACAAUAUUGGGCUGCUCCACAACUGAUAAUUUGACACUGUUUAUUGAGGUUUCUAGGAACUUAAGGACUGCCCGUACAAUAACAAAGACUGGCCGUGAUCCACUAUCAAGACUUGAAGGCAAUCCACAGGGACUAAGAACUCGUAAGGGUCCAGCAAUUAGAACUGAGAUUCAAGGUAGUGAGAUCAAUCUACGCACUCGCUUCGAACUCAAGAUCCUGCAUGACAUAGGACAACUGGAAGACCAAUGCUCCGCCUGUGGUGCACUCAGGUGGAGAGUCAAGAGAAGGGGCGGUUGA